AUGCCGGAAGAAAGUCAGUUGAAUCGUUCGCGAUCACGUACAGCGAGACCGAAGCCAUUGUAUCAGUGGGACAACGCGGACGUUGUCAAAUGGCUCAACAAAAAGAUUAACGUUGAGAAUCGUCAGGCGUACAAAGACGCCUUCGAGAAGCAUGACAUUACGGGCAAGGCCUUGACGCACAUGACGGAAAUCACGCUGAUGCGCUUGGGCAUAGCGAAUCCGGAUGAUGCUCAAGCCAUUUGGAGGGAAAUCUUGAAACUGCGGCUCAAGACCGGGAUUCUGGAAAUGAAGGAGUUUCAGUUGCGAGACAAGCGAAUUGCCAACACUAAGUUGACGACUUCUACCAACUCCUGAAGGGAUUGAAAUCCUGUCUGAUUGAAUCUCGGAUUCGGUUUUUUUU